GCCGGGACCAGGACCGGGCGGAGAGUGGGAAUCUUUGGCCUGAGGAAAACUUCGGAUCCAGCGCGGACCUGACCUCGUGUGCAGGGGACAAUGUCGGUCACCAGCCACGAGACCAGGAAGUCUCGAUCCAGCUCUGGCUCCAUGAACAUACAGAUUUUCCACAAGCCAGGCCAUGCAGACAGCCUCCUGACCCAUCUGAACUUGCUGCGCCAAAAGUGCCUCUUCACUGAUGUGGUGCUCAAGGCCGGCACUGGGGUUUUCCACUGUCACCGAGCUGUGCUGGCUUCUUGUAGCUACUACUUUGAGGCCAUGUUUGGAGGGGGCCUGAGGGAGAGCAGAGAGGGCCACGUGGACUUUGGGGACAGGCUGCAUCCAGAGGUAUUGGAGUUGUUGCUUGACUAUGCCUACUCCGCCAGGGUGCUCAUCAAUGAAGAGAACGCGGAGUCUCUGCUGGAGGCCGGGGACAUGCUGCAGUUUCACGACAUCCGGGAUGCAGCUGCAGCCUUCUUGGAGAAAAAUCUGCAUCCAACCAAUUGUCUCAAUAUGCUGGCCCUGUCUGAUACCUUUAACUGUGACAGGCUGUUUGAGUUGUCCUGGAGAAUGGCUUUAGCCAGCUUUGCUUCUUUGUACAAGUCUGAAGAUUUCCUGAAACUCCCCAAAGAGAGACUGCUGGAGCUUGUGCAAAGUGAAGACUUGGAAGUGCAGGAGGAAAGCCUGGUCUAUGAAGCGGUCAUUGGGUGGAUCAAGCAUGAGCUGUCUGCCCGGCACGAUGACUUGCCAGAGCUUUUGCGUUCUGUGCGCCUGGCGCUUUUGCCUGAGGCUUACCUCAAAAACCAGGUGGCUCUAGAAGAGGUCGUAAUGAACCACAAACUGGGAGAGGAGAUUGUGGCAGAUGCCGUGCGCUGUAAAAUGAGGCUCCUGCAGAAUGAUGGGCUAGUGACAGGCUUCUGUGCCCGGCCCAGGAAGGUCAGCCAGGCUCUCCUGCUGCUCGGGGGGCAGACAUUCAUGUGUGACAAGAUUUAUACAAUGGACCAGAGAACCAGCGACAUCAUCCUCAGGACAGAUAUCCCUAGUCCCCGGAAGGAGUGUAGUGCUUGCGCCAUUGGCUGCAAAGUCUACGUCACGGGCGGCCGGGGUUCUGAAAACAGCGCCUCCAAGGAUGUGUGGGUCUACGACACCCUUCACGACGAAUGGGCCAAAGCUGCCCCAAUGUUAGUGGCCAGGUUUGGUCACGGUUCUGCCGAGUUGGCUCAUUCUCUCUAUGUAGUUGGGGGCCACACAGCGGUGAGUGGCUCCUUUCCGGCCUCCCCCUCCGUCUCGCUUAAACAGGUUGAACAUUAUGACCCGCAGACUAACAAGUGGACUUUGGUGGCUCCACUCCAGGAAGGGGUGAGCAAUGCUGCCGUGGUAGGGGCAAAGAAGAAGCUUUUUGUUUUUGGUGGUACCAGUGUUAACCAGAUUCAUCUACCCAAAGUGCAGUGCUUCGAUCCCUGUCAGAACCGCUGGACAGCGCCCACCACCUGUCCCCAAGCUUGGAGAUACACUGCGGCUGCUGUGCUGGGCAACCAGGUGAUCGUGAUUGGGGGUGACACGGAGUUCUCAGCCAGUUCUGCCUACCGCUUCCACAGUGACACCUUCCAGUGGUCUAAGUUUGGGGAUGUGACAGCCAGAAGGAUCAGCUGCCGAGCGGUCACCUGUGGAAAUAGACUCUUUGUGGUGGGGGGCUACUGUGGGACUCAGCGCUGCAAAACCCUGGACUGCUACGACCCUUCCUCAGACACCUGGAGCAGCGUCACAACCGUGCCUUAUUCCCUCAUCCCUACGGCAUUUGUCAGCACCUGGAAGUAUCUGUCUGUUUGAAGAUCUCCCCUGCAGGAGAGGGAAAUGAGAAGGGUAAAGACCAGUCUUUCCUAGUUAAGCCUCUGCUAGAGCUCCCCCUUGUUUGCCACACACGGUCCUGGGCCUGUAACGACGAGCCGGAGGACUGAGAUGGUGACGUGGGCUCUUUCUCCAGCUGAGCUUUCACUGAAUUGCUACUUUCUCAAUUCCUGCUGUGGUUUUGCUUUCACUUAAGCCUCCUGAACUAUAUUUAGAUCUCCUUAGCCAUGGAUUUUUGAAGUGUGGUUUGAGAUUAAAUGUCAUCAGUAACUUGGGCCACUUUGUAAAACUACACUUGCGUAAGCUGCUUUCCUCUAAAACAGAUUUAUCUAACCAUAUUGCACAGAUCUUUGGGUUCAGGGGAGGCAAAACCUGCCUCGUAGCAAACCUCAGUAAUACCUCAUGGAUCAGGCAGCGGAAAUGGAAGCUGAGAUUCAGUCUGGUUCAGCCACAGUGAGAACUGGAGCUUGUCUAAUGCCAGUGUGGUCCUAAGGUGGCUUUGCUUGGACGUGCCCCUCAUGGCACCCGUGGGACUUAGUGGCGCUGACACUGACCUUAAACCUUUCAAGUGCUUCUUACUCAUGUUCCAGAUCCUCUAACUUCUUAAUGGGCCAUGAAUUGUAUUAGAGAAACUUAGUGUGCUUCCAGGAUAUCAUACAUAGGUGAAUUAUUUUGUGUCAGAGCAGGAUGGGACCCAAUCUUCUCAGGGCCAAGGACAAUUAAUUUUAAUUAUCCUUUGAAAAACAUGAAAGCUUUCUCUUUGGAAAGGAAAGGACCGUGCCAGGUAUUCUCUGUAUAUCUUAUGGCACCCACCUCAGUGCUGUGCACCUAAUAAAUACUUUUUGAGCUGAAAACAUCUGCCUACACAUACUAAAAGGAGACAGCCCAGUCCUCUAGUCUUGUGAUUCUAAUUGGAAUUUGUUCUCCAUGCCGGCUCUGACUGCAUAAGGUAAUGUUGUUUCCUUCUCUCCUGCUGCCAUCACUAUGCAGCCAUUAACUACAUGCUGCCUUCCUUUAUUCUCACAGGAGGCCUGGGCGUCUAUCCUCAUUUUCUUGCUACAGAGGAUCCUGUUCAGCAGCCAAGUGUUGUCACUCUCGGAAUGUCCUGUCGGCACCAGAGUCCUGCCCGGCAGCUGGGAGGGUGGCAUGUGUGCCGUAUGUGGCUCUAGGAUCAUAGGACCAAGGUGGGCCUGCCACCUACUGAGUGAGAGACUUGACUUAUGUUGGUUAUGUAGAUUUGGGACAGAUGCGAUGAGCCAGUCGGCUGACGAAGGAGAAGGGGCUGGAGACCAUGGGGGGCACCGGGGGGGAGAUGGCGAUCGUUGUCAUUGAUGGAUGAAGUGUGACCAUUGGGAAAGCAGGGAGGCUGACUUUUAGCUGGCACACCGGUGCCUCCCUUCCCAGAUGGAGGUGCUGGUCCCGUUGCUGUCGCUGUGCUCUGAAAUCUGCUUUGUCAGUCGUGACACAUCUUUGUUCAUGUUGGUGGAUUUUGAGCAGUGAAGAAUAUUAACCAGUAUCAACCCUCCUGGUGAAUAUGGUGAAUGAUGAGGCCGAAGAAUCCCACUGUAGUCUAGAAUGAGGCGGGACUAUGAAAUGACAGCUGACUUCAAGUGACUUGAAAACUAGCUGGAGGCAGCUUCCAAAGGUCUCUGCCCUGGAAGCAGCUCUAGAAUCUGCGUGUCACUUUCCAAGAUCAGGCGUUUGAAGAAGACAUCCCUUUUUUGGUAACGUAAGGCUUCACAACUGCAGCCAUCCCUUAUUUAAGAAGAAAAGUCUUCCCUGACAUCUUUCUGUCUUGUUCAGUUCCUUACUUUGACUUUAAUGGAGUUUUUUGUUCUGGUCUGUAUUAACUUUUAAUUAUUAAUUAACAGCAUCCUUUAUUUAAAAAACUAUUAACUACAUCAUUUAUUUAAAAUUUAGAAACAUGUCUGUUUUUCGUCUGUGGAUAAACUUUUUUUUAAAUC